GUAUUCAAUGGUAACCUUAACCGAACCUCGGGAUUGCUGAAGAUUGUUAAUACUGCCCCACCAUGCCUGUGUCUGGGGUUGGCGGCAUUUUUCAGCUCGCUCCCAAUCGACCCUAAGGAUCUAGAUUGCUGCAGUCAGCGACGAAUCGGAGGUGAAUAACCAUGUCUCAACCAAUGACCAGAUAACAAUCAUUAAAGUAUAUUUAUGAUGCAGAUCUUUAUUCGGGCAUCCACUUGAUAUAGUAUCAACAAAAAAAUUGAAGUGUAUAUGACCUGCGCGGGAUACCCAUCAACCACUUCCUUUCUGAUCACUGGCAUUCUUCACAUCGGAGAAGAUGUAUCUGCCGUUGUCUUUCGUCUUAUUUUUAUCCAUCUUUCAUGAUGUGGCAUGUCACCCAGUGUUUUCCGGGAAGGUUCUUGAAAGAUCAGCAGAUCUCCUACCAAUUUACGAUUAUGUGAUAGUAGGAGGAGGAACAAGUGGACUUGUCGUUGCAAAUCGCUUGUCCAAGAAUGCCAAUACCACCGUUCUCGUGAUCGAGGCAGGAAAUUUUCACAAAAAUGAAGACUUCAUAACAGUCCCUCUAAUAACUUCCGCCAACCUCCCCGUUCUUGGUAACGGUCCUCUUGGCUCAAUCUACGAUUGGAAUACAACCUCAAUACCGCAAUUAAACCUCGGAAAUAGAUCGCUUGAUCUGCCGGCUGGGAAAGUAAUUGGCGGUUCUUCUGCCAUAAAUGGAUUGGCAUUCAUGCGCGGUAAUGCAGCUGAAUAUAAUCAUUGGGAAGAACUCGGAAAUUCUGGAUGGAAUUGGGAGGGCCUGCUUCCUUAUUUUAAGGCAAGCGAACAUUUUACUCCUGCUGAUGAAGAGGAAGUGCAGGACUGGGGCAUUGAAUAUGAUGCGAAUGUCCAUGGGGAAAGUGGUUUUGUCCAGAAUGGAUACGCGAACUUUUUUUGGCCUAGUACUAGAAACUUCUUAGGCGCCUUCUUCGAACUCGGCGUCUCUUAUAUAAAAGACUCUUUUGCAGGUCUCAAUGCCGGCGGCGUGUUCUUCAUCAUUUCUUCUAUUACCCCCGAUACCAAAGAACGCAGUACAUCUCAAUCUUUUUUGCCCCCAAGCUCCAAUUUGACUUUUCGUCCUAACUUACAUGUAUUGACUUCCAAUACUGUUACUAAAAUCCUUUUCUCUACUCCUUCUAAUUAUUCGUCUACGAACUCAAAAGAGCCGAGAGCCACAGGAGUAGAAUAUGCAGCUGGUGUAAAUGAAGAGAAAUUCACAGUGAAUGCUGAGAAAGAGGUGAUACUAAGUGCCGGAGCACAGCGAACUCCACAGUUAUUACAGAUCUCUGGAAUAGGACGACGUGAUGUGCUGGAAGAUUUAGGAAUUGAUGUCAUAGUCGAGAGUGAAGGUGUUGGCGAGAAUUACCAAGAUCACAUAUUGUUCACCACUGUUAACAAUGCUCCGAACAUCGCGAUUCAAACUGGAAAUUUAAGUACGAAUGCUACGUGGCUUGCGGAACAGCUAGAAUUGUAUCACGAGAAAAGGGAAGGGCCCUUCACAACCGCCUCUGCAAAUGUCUUUGCUUUCCUACCCCUCGCCACCAUCCUAAAUGGUUCCUCCCCAUCAACCCUGUCCACGCUCCAAUCUCUUUCCCAAUCCAAAAAUGUAUCUCAGUACCUCCUCCCAUCUACCCCUUCUUCCGUGCUUGCUGGUUACAAACUUCAACAUCAAAUUCUCGCAUCUAACCUGCUCUCCACAAAUACAUCUCACAUGGAGAUGAUUGUUAGCGAUGGGAUCAUCAUUCCCGCCAUUCAGCUCCCCUUCUCUCGUGGCCGGGUCUCCAUUUCCUCAACCUCUUCUUUCGAUUUCCCUCUCCUAAAUCCAAAUUACCUUUCUCAUCCAAUCGAUUUGCUACAAUUUACCGUCGCAUUCAAUUACACGCGUUUCAUGCGUACUACACCCUCUCUUCAAGCAAUCAAUCUCACAGAAUCAUAUCCAGGGUCGAGUGUGACAACCCAAGCUGAAAUUGAGGAAUAUGUGAGGCAAUCGGUAGUGACUGAGCAUCAUCACUCGGGUACUGCAUCGAUGUUGCCGAGAGAAUUGGGUGGUGUGGUGGAUGAUGGAUUGAGAGUUUAUGGUGUGAAGGGCUUGAGAGUUGUGGAUGCGAGUGUGAUUCCGAUGAUUGUUGGAGCACAUUUGCAGGGGACUGUGUAUGGAGUUGCAGAGAAAGGUGCAGCGAAGAUCUUGGAAGAUGCACAGAGUAAAUAAUUCUUCGGGCAUCAUCUCAAAGUUUAUGUGACCCUCAGGUAUGUGAGGUAGUCAAUACAGCACUAGGUUAAAAUCUAGUCUAGCAAAGAAUUAGAUUUACUCCGAGGCCCACAAUAGAACCUCGAUCUCUUGUAGCCAUCUUGCUGGGUAUUCAAACCUCUGUUCUACAUAGUUCUACAAAAUUAAAUAAGCUCAACAAGUUUGAAAGAUCGACCAAGGUGAUUCCGCCAUUGUAUUCUUCCAGGGUCACACAAAAUAGGUCAUAUGGAACUCGUCACAAAUAGCCUUAAAUGUGCAGAAAUACGACGUGUAAUAAGUUGAAAAGAUCAUCCCAACAAUAUCAAACAGCACAAAAACAAUAAAAACAGCAACAAUAGACAGUGACAACACUCGCACUCUUUUGGUGACCCUCUCCAAAACUCUUUGUCGAACUAGUAGAAUUCUGACUCGUCAAGUUACCAUUCAUAUACAGAUUCGACGUAAAGAUAAGUCGACACCACAUUGAUCAAACACCCAUCAAUGUAUUUUUGAUCAAGAAAAGCUCCCAGUACUCUCUUCCUUCGAUAACAAACUCGCUUCUCCCCUAAUUCUCGUAUCCA